UACUUUCUGUCACCUCUAUGCUCAUAUCUUUAUGAGUGAAAUUGAGGCAGUUACAUAUUGGAUUGUGUAUUUAUGAGUAAUAGAUCUAGUGUACAGAUAGGUACAUACUUAGGUAAUCAUGGUGACUCGAAAAUUAAACAGAAAAAAAAUUUAUAUAAUACAGUUUUCACUGUAAAAUUUGAAACAGUUGUGCAGUUUCCAGAAUUAAGUGCAUGUGAAAUUCGUUCGGAAUCAAUUAAUUUAAAAUAUCUGCGAAACAUCGUCCAGUUUGGCAUUUAUUUAGUCGAAAAGUUUAACAUCGAAUGGACUCGGCCAAUCAAACGUGUCCAACAAUCUCAAGUUCAAGUUUUGUACAACUUGUGCUCACUCAAUUGCUGACGCCAUUGAUAACUUCAAACUGCGACCUCACCGCGUCCUAUCCAAAUGACAAAAGUUCAAACGUAUACCAGCAAACUUUCCCCGAAUAUGAUUUUAUCAUCGUUGGCGCAGGAUCAGCAGGAUGUACAAUUGCGAAUCGUCUGAGCGAAGUAAAAGAUUGGAAAAUCUUGCUAAUCGAGGCCGGGACUGAUCCACCGGUAAAUUCAGAUAUACCCAGUCUAUUUCCCACCCUACUCCAAUCUCCUUUCGAUUGGAAUUACUCGACUGAACCGGCUGAAGAUUCGUGUCUAGGUAUGAUUAAUAACCAGUGCAAAUGGCCUCGGGGCAAAGCAUUGGGUGGAAGUAGUUCGAUUAAUUUCAUGCUAGCAGUGCGAGGCAACGCUAAAGACUAUAAUCACUGGGAAUCUUUGGGAAAUCCAGGCUGGGGUUAUAAACACGUAUUGAAAUAUUUCAAAAAAUUAGAACGGGUACGUACACCGAGAUUAGACGAAAAACUGCAUGGAUAUUCAGGAAACGUGUAUCUUGAAGAUUUUACAAAUAAUACCAUCUACGAUACCAAAGCUGUGAAAAAUUUCAUAGCGAAUUAUUCCAUCGAAUCGGGUUUACCUAUUGUUCCAGAUAUCAACGCUCAUCACAAAGCAGGUGUGGCUAUUGUACCUGGUACUUUACAUAAUAUGGUCAGAUGGAGUACCGCUAAAGCUUACCUGGGACCUGAUCAGAGAAAAAUUAAUCUGGAUGUAAUGAAACAAACCUUAGUUACCAAGAUAUUGAUCGACGAUAAAAAAAGAGCUUACGGAAUCGAAGUGUUGAAAAAUGGAAAAUACAAACAGAUCUUUUGUAAAAAAGAAGUCAUUGUGUCGGCGGGAAGUAUUAAUUCGCCUCAAUUACUGAUGCUUUCCGGUAUUGGUCCGAAAAAUCAUUUGCAAAAUAAUAAUAUCGAAGUAAUACGCGACCUAAAAGUAGGAUAUAAUCUUCAAGAUCACCUAAUUACUUAUGGUCUGGUAGCCAAACUUGAUAUGAAAAAUCUCACCGUCAAUGUCCCCAACGAUGACAUCUUGUAUAAUUACUUAUCGAAAAGAAUAGACGUAGGAUUUGUAACCGAUACGAUGAUAUUUUUCAACACAACGGGUUACGAUGCUAAUUACCCAGAUAUACAAAUUCAUCACAUAGUAUUCCCUCAAAAUCGCACCAGAUUACCGCUCUUGAGUGGGAGCAAUUUUAAACCUGAAAUCGUAGACGAAUUUUUAAAACUGAGCAAGCAAGCGCCAAUGCUAUUUAUGUUGCCGACCUUGCUCAGACCUAAAAGUAGAGGACGAGUUUUUUUAAAGAACAAUAACCCCUCGGAGCGUGCUAAAAUAGUUACCGGGUAUUUGACCGAGAAAGAAGAUGUCAGUAAAGUAGUUCAAGCUUUCCGCACUCUGGAAAAGUUAUCACAAACUGAAGCUUUCAAAAAAUAUGGUAAAUUAACCUACGUGCCUCUAAAAGAAUGUGCCGCAUUCAUUCCACAUUCAGAUAAACACUACGAAUGCCUUGCACGACAUUUGGGUAUCACUGUGUACCAUGCAGCGGGAACUUGCAAAAUGGGGCCCCUUAGUGAUCCAUAUGCGGUGGUUAGUUCCACGUUGAAAGUACAUGGCGUCGAAGGGUUGAGAGUAGCGGAUGCAUCUAUAAUGCCUCAUAUCGUUAGUGGCAAUACAAAUAUACCUACGAUUAUGAUUGGCGAAAAAGCAUCUGAUUUGAUCAAGGAUGAUUGGUUGAAAUGGCCAUAUGUUGAAACAGACCAGUUUUUAAUUUCUGAACAAGCCAAAGAAUUUCACCAGCAUGCGAAAUUUUUAUACCCUUUUUUAUAAUUUUUUACCAUGAAUUUAUUUUGAGUUUGAAAAAAGUUAUAAUAAAAGUUGAAUACAUUUUUUGAAAAAUUUAUUGUUGAUAUCUACAUAUUUUCAAAUUAUUCUUCAAGUACCUACUUGAUCAAACAGGUACAGUAGAACCUCGAUUAUCCGACUUCCGACUAUCCGACUUCUCGAUUAUCCGACUAAAAAAAUGCAUCCGACUUCUUCCGAUUAAUCGAUCAAAAAAAGUCGGAUAAUUUUUUAUUAUCCGAUUUAAGCCAAAUUUUUUAUCAAAUCAAUGUCAAAUCACUGAUUUUGCCGUUUGUAUGUAUUUACACUUUUUUCUUAAAGGGG